AUGAUUGCACUUGCGCCUUUUUCCAAGAAGCCUUUCGUUUUGACAUUGGAAGGUAUUACAACAGACCAUAUUGAUCCAUCUGUUGAUAUUAUACGUACAGUCUUAUUACCACAAUUAAAACGAUUUGGCGUGGAUACGAAUUUGGAAUUGAAGAUUACAAAAAGAGGGGCCCCACCAUUAGGUGGUGGUGAAGUUACGUUUUCAUGUGUACCUAUUCGACAAUUGAAGCCAAUACAAUUUAUAGAUGAAGGACGUAUCAAGCGUAUACGUGGUAUUGCUUAUUGUACAAGAGUGUCACCACAAACAGCUAAUCGACUGGUCGAGUCGGCACGUUCACUACUGAAUCGAUAUAUACCAGAUAUUUAUAUAUAUACAGACGUUUAUAAAGGAGCAGAGAGUGGAAAAUCGCCGGGUUUUGCUUUAUCAUUAGUAGCAGAAUCUAAUACAGAAGUAUUAUUGUCAGCAGAAAAAGCAGCAGAACCAGGCCAGACACCGGAAGACGUUGGUAUUAUGGCAUCUAAAUUAUUGUUAAACGAAAUACGUAAAGGUGGAUGUAUUGAUACAACAAGUCAAUGGUUGAAUUUGUUAUUGAUGAUAUUAUCACCGGAAGAUGUUGGAAAGAUCAGAGUGGGCGAUUUGACCGCAUUUACCAUUCAAUUUCUGCGCGAUAUUAAAGCAUUUUUUGGUGUCUCAUUUAAAAUCGAACCUGACUCAUCCAACGAUACCAUUAUCAUGACAUGUAUGGGUAUUGGUUAUGUCAAUCACAACAAAAAGACGACUUAG